AUGCUACCGCCAUUCCUCAAGCCAAUAUCAAAAGUAGAGCAAAACGAAUCGUACCCUUUCGCUGCUGUAUAUACCCACUCCGAAAAUCUUGGCAAGAGUGAAUCUUAUUCUCUAUGGUGGCCAUGGCGAGCGGCUAAUACCCAACCCAGUGUUGUCUUGCUAUUCGUACCUGGCAACCCGGGUCUAGCUGAUUUUUAUAUCCCAUAUCUCUCGCACAUUUCUGAAUCGGCUCCAGACUCUCUAGCAAUUCUAGCUCAUUCACUCAUCGGUCAUUCUCCACGAGUUGCCGCCACACCCUUGGCUUUCUCUCGGCUUGAAGCGCAAGUUGAAGGAAUAAUUGAGAUUGUCGACAACAUUGAUCACACUUUUGGUUCUGCUACGAGUAUUGUGCUUAUUGGACAUAGCGUUGGCGCAUGGAUAGUAUUGCAAGCACUUAGAGAACGCUCACAAAGGAUAACUAGCGCAUUUCUUCUAUUCCCAACCAUUGCACAUAUUGCGCGGACGCCAAAUGGGUCUCGCUUUUCGUGGUUAUUUCAUGGGCCUAUCCCUCACAUACUGGCAUCCAUGUCUCUGAUAUUCCGAGUAAUUCCGAAAAGAACCAUAUCCCUUCUUUUCCGAGGCUGGCCAGAUGAUCAAGUCAAAGUGCUCUGGUCGUUUCUGAAUUCACCGUCCUCGAUCUUAGCUGCUCUGACAAUGGCGCGAGAAGAAAUGGCUACCAUAAAGGAUCUUGACAAGGUUCUGCUGCAUGAAGUAAAGGACAGGCUUUACUUCUUCCUUGCAGAGGCGGAUGACUGGGUUGGAAUAAACAAGGAUGCCAUUUUGAGGGAGAUGAGCGACGACCUUCACUCCGUUCGUGUUGUCCACGGCCAGCAUGGUAUACCACAUGCAUAUUGUAUCAGUUAG